AGCCAAAGAUGUCGGCUCUGUCAUGUGAUCAGCUGUGUACAAUCACAGCUGAUCGCAUGGGACAUGUACACUGGUCAUCAGGGCACUGAUGAUCAGUGUGCCCUGAUGAUCAGUGUAGCCCCAUCAGUGCCAACUGUGAGUGCUCAUCAGUGCCACAUCAAUGCCACAUAUCAGUGCCUACCAGUGCACAUCAAUAUCACAUAUCAGUGCACAUCUGAGCUUCCUUUCACUGUUACCUAUCAGUGCCAGUCAGUGCUGUUAAUCAGUGCCAGUCAGUGGCACCUAUCAGUGUGCAUCAGUGUCGCCUAGCAGUGCCGGUUAGUGCCGCCUAUCAGUGC